AUGAUGUUCGCUAUUUUAUUGCGGAGAGGGGACUCUUCGAACUCUUCAGGUGCACCAUCAUUGCCACCAUGUCCUCGUUCCUUGCCGAUUGUAGGUUACCUUCCAAUUCUUACUCGUGACUUACACAAACAAUUCUGUAACAUGGCUCACAUUUACCGACCCAUUUUCAAGUUUCACUUGGGAAGCAAACUUGAUGUCGUCAUACAUACACCUGACCUAGUAAAGGUGGUGGUCCAUAAGCAAGAUGACAUAUUUGCUAACCGCAAUCCAUCAAUUGCUUCCUUAGCAAUCUCCUAUGGAGGUGUAGAUGUAGCAUGGUCUGACAACAACUCAUAUUGGCGUAACCUUCGUAAGAUAUUUGCUCAUGAGGUUCUAAGCAACAAGAAUCUUGAAGCGUGCAGCCAGAUUGCUUUCUCAACAGAGGCUAAUGUCCUCACAAGCAUGGUUUGGGAAAACACUUCCGAUCCAAACGCAAAAGGUAGCCAUUUUGAAGCGGAGUUGCAAAGGAUUUCUUCAAAUAUCGUUGAGAUUCUCGGAUAG